GUUGAAAAUAAACACUACUCUACAAAUACAAUUUUGGUUGUCAAAAACAGAAACUCUUAUCUCCUUAUUCCAAAUCAUUUUUUAACCAAAACUUCUUGCUCAAUUCAUCUCUCUCUCCCUCUCUCUCUCUCUCUCUCUCUGGAACUGCAGAACCACGAAGCGAAAACCUCUUUUGGGAGUUGAUUAUUAUCCAUUGCAUUUCCGUGUUUUAUUAAAUUUAUGGUGGGGAAAUCCUGCAAUUUAUACACAUUUAUGAGAGGGCAAUAGUUAAAAAAAAAAACCUAAUUAAAAGGGAUAUUGGGUUUAUUAGCUACCAACACCAAGCAAUGGAUUCAGUAAAUGAGACAUCUGAAAACAAAGGUAGUAUGUGGGACUUGGAUCAGAAGCUUGACCAACCCAUGGAUGAAGAGGCUGGGAAGCUUAAGAAUGCAUACAGAGAAAAGAAAUUUUCGGCACUCUUGCUUCUACGAUUAGCAUUCCAAAGUCUUGGGGUAGUGUAUGGGGACUUGGGAACAUCUCCUUUGUAUGUUUUCUACAAUACAUUUCCGCAUGGAGUUGAGAAUCCGGACGAUGUGAUAGGAGCAUUGUCACUGAUAAUAUACUCGCUCACUCUUGUGCCAUUGUUGAAGUACGUUUUCAUUGUUUGCAGAGCAAAUGAUAAUGGCCAAGGGGGCACAUUUGCUCUUUAUUCAUUGCUAUGUAGACAUGCAAAUGUGAAUAGUAUCCCGAACCGGCAUAGAACCGAUGAGGAUCUGACAACGUAUAGCCGUUUUAGAUUCCAUGAAAAAUCAUUUGCUGACAAAACCAGGCAAUGGCUAGAAAAACAUUCAUAUAGGAAGAAUGUGCUUCUUCUCCUUGUCCUUGCUGGCACUUGCAUGGUGAUCGGAGAUGGAAUUCUUACCCCAGCAAUAUCAGUUCUUUCAGCUUCUGGUGGGAUCAAGGUAGACCACCCUAAGAUGAGUAAUGAUGUGGUUGUGCUUGUUGCCGUUGUUAUCUUAGUUGGCUUGUUCAGCUUGCAACAUUAUGGUACAGAUAAAGUUGGUUGGCUCUUUGCGCCCAUUGUGCUGCUCUGGUUUCUGAUGAUCGGAGGUAUCGGUAUAUUCAACAUAUGGAAAUAUGAUAGCAGUGUGCUGAAAGCUUUUUCGCCUGUCUAUUUGUAUCACUAUCUCAAAGGAGGAGGGAAAGAUGGGUGGACAUCUUUAGGGGGGAUCAUGCUUAGUAUAACUGGGACAGAAGCACUGUUUGCUGACUUGGCUCAUUUUCCGGUGUUGGCUGUACAAAUAGCAUUCACAGCAUUUGUGUUCCCCUGCCUUCUUCUAGCUUACUCUGGACAAGCUGCUUAUCUAGUAAAUCAUAAAGAACAUGUGGUAGAUGCUGCAUUCUAUCAUUCAAUACCAGAUAGCAUCUAUUGGCCAGUAUUCAUUGUUGCAACUUCGGCUGCUAUUGUUGCAAGUCAGGCAACCAUAUCUGCAACUUUUUCAAUCAUAAAACAAGCUCUGGCUUUAGGCUGCUUUCCGAGGGUGAAAGUAGUGCACACAUCAAAAAAAUUUCUCGGCCAAGUUUAUAUUCCAGAUAUCAACUGGAUACUUAUGAUUCUCUGCAUUGUUGUAACUGCUGGAUUCAGGAACCAAAAUCAGAUUGGUAAUGCUUAUGGAACAGCAGUGGUGAUAGUCAUGUUAGCCACCACAUUCCUUAUGAUUUUAAUCAUGUUGUUGGUAUGGCGGUGGCAUUGGAUACUUGUCCUAAUCUUCACUGCUUUGUCAUUACUGGUGGAGCUAACGUACUUCUCAGCCGUACUCUUCAAAGUCGAUCAAGGUGGGUGGGUCCCACUUGUGAUCGCUGGUGUCUUUCUUCUUGUCAUGGUUGUUUGGCAUUAUGGAACUGUGAAACGCUAUGAGUUCGAAAUGCAUAGUAAAGUCUCAAUGGCCUGGAUUCUCGGCCUCGGGCCUAGCUUGGGACUCGUAAGGGUGCCCGGAAUAGGACUUGUGUACACAGAGCUAGCCAGUGGUGUCCCUAGCAUUUUCUCUCAUUUCGUUACGAACUUGCCUGCCAUCCAUUCAGUGGUGGUUUUUGUAUGUGUAAAGUACCUUCCAGUAUAUACAGUCCCAGAAGACGAGAGAUUUCUUGUAAAGCGGAUAGGACCCAAGAACUUCCAUAUGUUCCGUUGUGUUGCAAGGUAUGGUUACAAGGACCUCCAUAAGAAAGAUGAGGAUUUCGAGAAGAAGCUAUUUCAUAACCUCUUCGUUUUCGUUCGACUAGAGUCUAUGAUGGAAGGGUGUACUGAUUCUGAAGAGUACAGUCUGUACGGGCAACAAACAGCGGAGUCAAGAGACUGCCUAUUGGAUAAUACCAACGCAAUGUCGUCCGAGUAUGAGCACACAAUUGAGUCGGGGAAUUCAAUUGUGCCUGCUAAUUCUCCUUUGCGACACUUGAGUUUUAGGCCAAUAUCGUUGGGGCAAACGAGCAGUCAAAAUGAGAUUGACGAAUUAGAGUUUUUGAAUAGUUGUAGAGAUGCUGGGGUUGUUCACAUUAUGGGCAACACUGUGAUCAAAGCCAGAAAAGAUUCAAGGUUGUAUAAAAAGAUUGCUGUUGAUUAUAUAUAUGCAUUUCUUAGAAAGAUUUGUAGGGAACAUAGUGUCAUCUUCAAUGUUCCACAUGAAAGCCUAUUAAAUGUAGGACAGGUACUUUAUGUAUAACCCAACAUUGUUUUAUUAUGCAUGGAUGUAAGGAUUCAUUAUUUAAUAGGAAAAGAAGAAAUUUAAUGACCUUGUGCCUU